ACCCGCAGCCAUCUUUGAGAGCCACCGCUAGAGUCGUGUGAUAAGAAUAUCCUCUGAUCUCUUUACUGCAUUUUCUUACCCCGGUGCAAGAACCAAGAUGAAGACGAUCAGCACAUUCCUCCUCGCCGCUCUGGCCAGCCAGGCCUCAGCGGCGGUCCAGAUGGAAGUGCGAUUCAGCGAUAGGAUGAUCGACGUCGGCAACCUCGACCUCUUCGCCGUAACAUGGCAAACAAUAUACGGAGAGACCGGCAACACCAGGGCCAUCAUGACAGACCGCUCCGCCGGCGCCCAGACUAACGAGUGCACGCACGCCGACGACUACGACCCGGACGUGACGGUACGGGUCAAGAUGAACGGCGCCUGGGGCAAGACGCCUGGCCUCGAGGGCAACGAGAUGCGCGACGGCCUCGUCCAGUCCAUGUGGGAGGUCUUGAGCAGGGUGUCCGACCCGUACGGGUACGAGGUCUUCAACGGUUGCCGGGGACUGACGUGGAUGGAGGGCGUCGGUUACACACCCGACGCGGCGUGUGGCCCCCAGAGCUCGAGGAAUUGUCAGUACGCGUGCCGCAGGGAGAACUCGCCCGGAUUGGCGCAGUGUAUGAACCAUACUUGGGGCCACAAGGUGCCGUCGUCGCUACGGGUGACGGCGUACAUUGACGGUCAGCUGCAGCCUGAUGACUUGAUUAUUGAGUUUUCUGCUACUGCCAACUCGGAGAGCGGUGGAUGCGGAUGGGUUGGGAGCAUUGCUGGUGCCCUUGCUGGGUUCAUUCCCGUUGGAGGCAAGGUGUUUGCCAAGGGUAUUGAGAUUGGUUGCAGUGAUUGAGGUUCACUUGCCAAGUGAGCGAGAGUACUCUGGUCUGAGUCGAUGCUGCUGUCUAGGUCUAGAUAUCUGUCACACUUUUAAGCUUAAACCCGCUUCUUGUUGAUCCUUCAUGUGAACGUUGCUACGCAUCACUGACCAAAGUCCCUUUGACGUGAAAUGUAUGUAUUAUUAGCCAUAUUGCAGUUGCACC